ACGUGAUUCUGAACAACCUCCAGACCCUCUCCAGACCCCGCUUGUACAAUAUUCUGACAAGCAAGAUCACUGGUGAUCAAAACUACGAAACCAACCGGAUUUAAAAACACAAAAAAGCCUUACAAAGACACAAUAUGGCUCCUUCCGCUUCCAAGCAAAAGAGAUUGGCUGAAAAGGCUGCCAAGGCGUCCGCUUCUGGUAAAGGAUCAGUUGCCAGCACCGGUGCCAACACGCCAUUGACUUCGGUCUCCGCUCCCGAGUCCGAGAACGGUGAUGCCGGUGUCGACAGUGCCGCCGCCGCUAUGGCCAAGCUCGCCUCGGCUACCGACCGAUCCGCAAACGGUGUUUUGGUAUCAGACGUCAAGGGACGAGACAUCAAGAUCGAUUCGUACUCGUUGUCCUACCACGGACGUGUCCUGAUCGAAGGUGCCGAGAUCAGUUUGAACUACGGUCAACGUUACGGUCUUUUGGGAGAGAACGGGAGUGGAAAGUCGACCUUUUUGAAGAGUAUCGCCGAGCGAGACGUCGAGAUCCCCGAGCACAUCGAUAUUUACCUUGUCAGCGGUGCCGUGGACCCCUCAGAUGUCAACGCCGUCGACUACAUUAUCGCCUCGGCCAAGGAAAAGAUGGAGCGAUUGGAGAAGCAGAUCGAGGACAUGUCCAUCGCGGACGAGGUCGACGAGUUGGGUCUCGAGGCCAAGUACGAAGAGCUCGAGGAGAUGGGAGAUGUCAACACUUUCGAGGCCAAGGCCGGAGCCAUCUUGACCGGUCUCGGGUUCACCCAACCCAUGUUGAGCAAACCUACCAAGGACAUGUCCGGAGGUUGGAGGAUGCGAGUGGCUCUCGCCCGAGCCUUGUUCGUCAAGCCUCAUCUCUUGCUCUUGGACGAGCCUACCAGUCAUUUGGACUUGGGAGCCGUCGUCUGGCUCGAGGCCUACUUGGCCACCUACAACCAUAUCCUCAUCUUCACCUCGCACUCGCAGGAUUUCAUGGACAACGUCUGCACCAACAUGAUGGACUUGAACUUGCAGAAGAAGUUGGUAUACUACGGAGGUAACUACACCACCUACGUCCGAACCAAGAGCGAGAACGAGGUCAACCAGAUGAAGGCGUACAACAAGCAGCAAGACGAAAUCCAGCACAUCAAGAAGUUCAUUGCUUCCGCCGGUACCUACGCAAACUUGGUCAAGCAAGCCAAGUCCAAGCAGAAGAUUAUCGACAAGAUGGAGGCCGCCGGUUUGAUCGAGAAGGUCGAACAGCCCAAGGUCUUGAGGUUCAACUUCGAGGAUGUUGCCAAGCUGCCGCCUCCCAACAUUGCUUUCAACGAUGUCGCGUUCUCGUACUCGGGAGAGAAGAAGGACUACCUUUACCAGGGUCUCAGUUUCGGUAUCGACAUGGACUCGAGAAUUGCCAUUGUCGGAGACAACGGUACCGGUAAAUCGACGCUGCUGAACUUGAUCACGGGGAUGCUGUCUCCUGUCGAAGGAACGGUGUCCAAGCACCCCGCCCUCAAGCUCGCCAAGUACUCGCAACACUCUGCCGAUCAGCUUCCUUACGACAAGUCUCCCGUCGAGCACCUCGAGGCGACCUACAAGGCCAAGUACCCCGAGAAGGACAUUCAGUACUGGCGACAGCAGGUCGGUCGAUUCGGUGUCACUGGUGCCCAUCAGACCAACCCUAUCUCGCAACUCUCCGAUGGUUUGCGAAACCGAGUCGUCUUUGCGAUGUUGGCACUGGAGACCCCCCACAUCUUGCUUUUGGACGAGCCGACAAAUCACUUGGACAUGGAGUCGAUCGACUCGCUCGCCAAGGCUAUCAACGAGUUUACCGGUGGUGUCGUGAUCGUGUCCCACGACUUCCGAUUGAUUAGCCAGGUCGCUCAGACCCUCUGGGAGGUCAAGGACAAGAAGAUCAUGGAUCUCACUAAGCAGGACAUCACCAUCGUCGAGUACAAGAAGCAGUUGGCCAAGAGGAGUCAAGCCCAGAUCGAAAAGGCAGCUCUGCUUUCCAAGACUUCCACUGGUGGUAAAUUGUAGAGGCAAAAAUCAAAAGGCUGCCGUUCUUUCCGCGAUUGUUUCACUUCUUGCUUGCGGUCCCCAAUAUUGCGAUAGACUUGUCAGAGAUUGUAUCUUUUAUAUUGAGAGGCAUGCUCACGAUUCCCAAUGUGAUGUGACCGAUUUGUUCAAA